AGGCCUCCGCGGCCCCGGCCGGGCAGCUCGCCCGGCGCGGCGCCGGCGCCGGCGCUGCCCGGCCGCUGGUCCAGGGCCUCGCGAAGGCCAGCGGCGGCCUCACGGUGGUGGAGGUCGGCAAGCAGCAGCGCAGCGUCAAGACGGGAGCCGACGGGUCGCGCACGGAGAUGAGGACCGAGACGAGGGAGAGGAGGAUCACAGGCAAGCGGCCAGGCACGCCCGUCGAGACCAGGUCUGUCACGAAGAAGAAGAAAGUGACCGAGACGAAGGAUAAGAUCGUCGAGACCGCCACGAUCACCGUCAGGAGAGUGCGGAAGAAGUGAGGCGCCGAGCUGCGAGAGUGCGCUCCCGAGGGGCGCAUCGGAUCGGGCGGGCGGCCAGGCGCGACCCAGGGAGAGAGGGAAGGGCGGAG